AUGGUGUCCUGUUUGACCAACCGCAAGCCGGUGCGUGUGCCAAAUUUCAGUCCCUACCGGAAGUCCUUCCUGUACACGCCGUGCAACUGCCCGGUGGAAAAUUGCACCUUCAACGAGGAGGCAAAAGAUGAAAAGGUUAAAAAGCGUUCCGGCCCAAAACCGUCCCGCCGAAUCCGGAAGCUGGCCAAGCCGCGGCAGAAAACUGCAAAAUUUCACGCCCGUCCUGUGACGCAGUACGGGCGCGUGAUUCAGAAGAUUGACGCGUACCGGGAACCGUACGCGUCGACGCGCAUCCAGCAGCUGUCGGUGCCGAAGGUGCGCAAGCUGGUGGCCGCUCGGGAGGAGUACCAGCGGUUUAUUAAUCGGUGCUGGUAUGAUCGGUUCAGCAAGCGCAUCAAGCGCAGCAUGUUCACCGUUUACAGCCGGCUAGCGAACGUGCAGCUGCCGGAGGUGGGCGCGCCAAAGUCGGCGAAGAUGACGCCGGAACAGUGGGCGCGUCACCGGGAGUGGUUGGCGUUGAGGGCGAAGCAUAAGGUGGCCAAGGUGCGGAAGGUGAAACCGAGGAAACGUGCGCCUUUGGAUGUGCUGAUGGAUCGGAUUGGAGAUUUGGCGAUGCCACGGUCCGAGGGGAAGAAGUUUAACCGGAAGAUGUUGGUUUACUACGCGGUCAAGCCCGCUGCGCUGAAGGCAGUUGCGAGCACUCGCAUGCUGGAGCUGUGCGUUCCGUUGGAGAGAAGACGCCGAGCCAAGGGACCGAUCGUGGAGAAGGUCGGCCUUCCGGAAGAGGUGCUGAAGGCAGUUGCAUCCGAACGGGUCCUGGAGCUGUCCAAACCAAAGGUGUACAAGAACGUCAAGAAUGAGUACCGCGAGAAUCCGUUCACCGUCGAGAAGCGUGCCCUGAAGGCCAAGGCGAGCGAUCGCAUCCUGGAACUGGCCAAACCCAAACCGGACCACAGCAAGAAGGGCAAGAAGUAGAAA